AGGAUCUUAUUCUUAUUGGCUCUACCUCUGUUUGUGGCUGGCGUUCUCAAACAAGGAACUUUAUCAAGUUCGGGUGUAUAUUGGCUUUUUGUAUUGCCGGUUUAGAAAAGUUAUUUAUAUAGUAAAUUAUUUAUACCCAGAAACUAUGGAUAAGGUAACGGAACUCAAAGACAAGGGAAAUGCUGCUCUCCAAUCUAAUAACUGUGAUGAAGCAAUACAAUGCUAUACCGAGGCAAUAUCGUUGGAUUCAAAAAAUCAUGUUUUGUUCUCCAAUCGGUCAGCGGCUUAUGCAAAAGCUGGUUCUUAUCAGAAAGCACUAGAAGAUGCUGAGAAAACUGUACAGCUGAAGCCUGACUGGGCUAAGGGCUAUUCAAGAAAAGGAAGUGCGUUGGCUUACUUGGGCCGUUUUGAGGAAUCUGUUAAAGCGUAUGAAGAAGGAUUGAAAUAUGACCCAAAUAAUGCCCAGAUGAAGGAGGGCCUAGCGGAAGUUCAGGCUCAGAUGAUGGGCCAAUUUACAGAUGAUCCAAUGGCAAGUUUUAAAAGCCCCUUUAAAUCACCGGACAUAUUUAUUAAACUGCGCAAUGAUCCAAGGACUGCAGAAAUGCUGAAUGAUCCAGAUUGUUUAAAGUUAAUCAAUUCUUUGCAGACGAAUCCAAACGCUUUGAGUGACAGAUUUAACGACCCCAGAAUGAUCACAAUCCUUAGUGUGCUCCUCGGCUUAAAUUUGUCUGCCGAGAAUGAUGAUACUUCUCCCAUGGAUGUGGAUCCACCUAACAGAUCAACUCCUCCACCCACUAAGUCAACGCCCACUCCACCCCCACCCACAGAGGAUCCCUCCCUCACACCCCAGCAAAAACAGGCACAAGAACAAAAAGAACUAGGAAAUGCUGCAUAUAAGAAGAAAGAUUUCGAAAAGGCACUCGAACAUUAUAACAAAGCCGUGGAACUCGAUCCGUGUGAAAUAACGUACCUGAAUAAUAUAGCCGCUGUAUAUUUCGAGCAGAAGGAUUAUAAGAGAUGUAUUGAACAGUGCGAGAAGGCUGUGGAAGUGGGUAGAGAGAAUAGAGCAGAUUACAAGCUUAUUGCCAAAGCCUUUUCCAGAAUCGGGAACUGCUACAGAAAAUUGGAGGAUUGGAAACAAGCGAAAGUCUUUUACGAGAAGUCAAUGUCCGAACAUAGAACGCCAGAAGUAAAAACAGUAAUAUCUCAAUUGGAAACAAAGAUCAAAGAAGAAGAAAGGAGAGCAUACAUCGACCCUGCAAAAGCCGAGGAAGCAAAGGAGAAAGGAAACGAUCUCUUUAAGAAAGGCGACUAUGCCGAAGCGGUAAAAUAUUAUACAGAAGCAAUCAGGCGGAACCCAGACGAUCCAAAAUACUACAGUAACCGAGCUGCCUGUUACACCAAGUUGGCAGCCUUUGACCUCGGUCUGAAGGACUGUGAUGAGUGCGUCAAGUUAGACCCUAAGUUCAUCAAGGGCUGGAUUAGAAAAGGGAAGAUACUGCAGGGAAUGCAACAACAGAGCAAAGCCAUUACAGCGUACCAGAAAGCCCUAGAAAUUGACCCGAAUAACCAGGAGGCGUUGGAAGGCUACCGGUCAUGUUCCGUGGCCGCCAACUCUAACCCAGAAGAGGUGCGGAAAAGGGCCAUGGGUGAUCCGGAGGUGCAGGCGAUUCUACGAGACCCUGCGAUGAGGUUAAUACUGGAACAAAUGCAGAGUGAUCCUAAAGCCCUUCAGGAUCACCUUAAGAACCCUGAGAUAGCGGCGAAAAUCCAAAAGCUACUGGAGUCAGGGUUGAUAGCCAUCCACUGAGCAGUGCGGCGCAGCAAUUGUACUGCUAGCGAUACCAUUCCGAGGAGAUAAGACUUGUGAACCGUACUGUUCAUCGGUUUUGUUUCUUUUGAAACUGUAUAUUCUUCAAUAAUUUCUAUUUUUUAUAUACAUGCAGAACAUUUUAAAUCAAGUGUAAGUUAAACCGUGUGUUUUUUGUUUUGUUUAGUGUACUUACAACGUUUAGUAUACAAUACAUCAUGUUCCUAAUUACGGAAAUGAAUUUUUGAGCAUGAAUGUACAAUUUUACAACUAGUUUGAAUACCGCACUACAGCUAUAGGAAUAUAAAUAAAUUUAAAUGGUGCCAAAGCGUUGUUUUUGUUAUAUUCCCUUGUUGUUUGAAUAUAAAGUCAUACAUUUAAUAUUUUUUCUGGGCCAUUUGCAUUUUUAUUGAAUAAUUUAUAAAAAAGUCUACCUCAUCUAUGUAAUUUUAAUGAUUUGAUGUUUCUUUCACAUGGUGUGGCCAGAAUUAAAGCACAAGACAGUUUGUUUUUAUUUAUCCUAACAAGAAAAUCGGUAACCGUUUUGAAUUUGUGCAUGUUAAGUUAUUCACGUUUUGUGUACAUGUAUUGUAAAACCGCGUCUUGAACCUGUUUAAUAAUAAAGCUUGAAUCAAAGAUGCUCUGCUCCUACUCGAUAAAACAAUAUAGUGUAAUAUUAAAUUAAAUCUAGCGACUAAGCUUAUAAAAUAAAAGCAAAUUUUGUAAACCAAUAUCGCAUAUUUAUUAAUUUUUCCUGAAAGUGUAAAUUUUAUAUAUACAUAUAUGAGUAUAUUACAUCUUGUUACUGUCUGAGACAACACAAUAUGUCUGCCUUACUAGUUAAAUUAUGGUGUGCAAGAGUAUCAUUAUUUCUCCUCUAAAAUUAAAAAUUGCAAUUUUAAGAAAACAAAUGUUUUUGAUAUACUGUUAAAAAUAUAAUGACACGUUUGUACUGGACUAUGUUUACAAAAAUCUUAACAACUGAUAAGUUUAAACAGUUUGCAAUUAAUUACAAGUCUGCUUGCACAUUCCUAUCAUAUUGAACAAUAACAUGGCAGAUAUGUUGUGCAUGAUGCCUUCACUGAAUUAAAUUUAUUUGAAAUAA